CAUCGCCUUACAUAAACACUUGCGUAUACCAUCUUUUUAUAUGUUGGCUGCUCUGUCUAUCCUGUAUAUAUAAGUAGUUCUUAAUUAUCCUUUACUCGGCACUUUGUCUUCGUUUCUCUCUCGCAUCUUAUACUUCUCAGUACGCUCACUUCUGCUACAAUUACCCCACGUCAACAAUUACGCUCGAUUGUCUUUUUAAUAUUUCCAUACAAAGAAAAGAUGAUGAAACUAAGCAUCGGUCAAGUCUUUCUACAACCAAUUGUACCUGUCUCGUUCGCAGUUAGCUUUAUUAGUCUUAUUGGGUUCUUUUUCUUCUGUAUCAAGACCGGGUUCACGAAAACAGACAAACAGAUCAGUUGGAUUUUAACCUUUGCCAGUAGCUUAGUAUGUACAGUGGUGUCAAUUCCUUAUUUUGCUCAAUUUUGCUUACACGACUUCGAUAUGAAUCUUCUAAGCACUGAUUCCAAUCUCCAUAUCGCUAUGGUAUGCUUUUUCAUCAGCUAUUUGACACUUGAUCUGUCUCUCGGUUCUUUGUACUAUAAAGAUCGCAUUACAGUGCUAACAGGUUGGGUUCAUCAUCCUCUUUACAUCGGUAUCUUAUUUUGGCUGCUGCGGUGUAGAUCAUCCUCCUUCUUCACAACUAGCUGUUUGCUUGAGCUACCUACCUUAAUAUUAGCACUGGGUUCUUUCAGAGAGCGCUGGCGAUGUGAUUUAUUGUUUGCUUCAACUUUCUUUGUUUUAAGACUCGUAUUUCACUCCUACAUGAUCUUUGCUUUGAAGAGAAAUCAUCGUUUGGAGAUACUGUGGUUACUGGCAGUAGCGGUCUUCCCGUUGCACUUAUUCUGGUUUUAUGGUAAAGUGUUAUAUCGAAAAAAAAAGAACUAUUUCAUAAAGAAUUGUCUCUAAACGGUACACAUUGAAAAUAUAGGUAUCAUAACUUCCCAAAUUAAAAGAUACCCUUCAAUGAAAUUAAUAUUCUUGAAAUCAUCUUCUUCAAGCACUACGAAGGCGGUCGUCAAAAAAUCAAAGCAUGCAUUUUUAGAUAGAAUCUAUACCAUCUAACCAAGAGUUGUUGUUCUCAAUUUUGAGUGUGUUAUAAU